AUGACGUUAAAGGACCACGAGAGCGACUCGAAAUCACACAGAGCUGUUUACUCUCGAAUCGCUCUCGCAAAAGAUGAAGCAUCUGGAUAUCAAGAACCCAUUCAAAGUGCACCUUCGACUGGAAGUGAUCCAGAUGUGAAGAACCCUGUAGAGUCACUUGCUGUAGUUCUGGAAAAUGUUGCAGAUGACAAUGCAGAAAAUAUUUUGUCUCUUUUGGUGGAGAAUGUCAGUGGUCUUUCUGAAAAGGAAUUUACCGUGGACUUGCUAGAAUUAAACACAGCAGUCGUGACUUUUAAAAGCCCCAGUGCUGUAGGGAAGUUUCUUGAGGAGAGCAGGACACACAAAAAGUUUAAGGAUUAUGGUCUGAAGGCUCGUGCCUUGGAGAGGAGCACAUGCAUAAGGGUGGAGAAUCUUCCUUCUAAUGCCGAUAAGAUGCUGCUGGAGUUGUAUUUUGAAAAAUGGGGUGGUCCGAUAGAAGAAAUCAUCACAUUACCAAUGGAGCAAGCGGCCAUUAUAACAUUUAAGAAUGAAGAAGGCAAGGAAAAGAUAUUGAAGACAAAGCAUAUCAUCAGUGAUGUUCCAGUCAAGGUCUACCCCUACUAUAAAUCCUUGGGUACAGCAGUGUAUGGUAGCAACAGACCAACAUUGAAACUUCCUGAACCCUUCAAAGUCGAUAUACAUCCUGCCAUCAGGGAGUUCCUUUUCAAAAAUAAGCUAAUUUCCUCUAUUAGUGAUAAGAUGAGCUCACAUUUCUGCAAAAUAAACAUAGACAAACCUAAAGUUCUGCUCAGUCCUGAUCCAGCAUUGUUGCAACAGAAAGGUUUAAACAGAAAACAUGUUGAUAGUUGGAGAAAGAAUGCAUCAGAUGCCUUUGAAAACAUCACUUCCAACUAUAAAGCAUUUGAGUUCCAAGUAUCGUACCUCUUGUGGACCAAAGUGAAGGAUAAUAUAAAGGAAAUGGUGAAAAAUCUGGUUUUUACAGAUAUCGAUGCAUCUAAAGGGGUCCUAACAGUGGCAGGUUUGGCCCAUGAUGUAAAUGACCUGAGACCCCUCCUGGAGAAAAUGUUAGAGCGAGCAUCAGCUCAAAUGGAGAAAGAGAGGAGCAGUGUCACAGAAGACAUGGAGAUGACACCUGGCAUGUAUUUCCUGCUUCUACAAGAUGGUCUGCAAACCGCUACAGCUGCUUCUCCACAACUGCGCCUUGAUUACAACAAAAAAAUGAACAAAUUGUCUUUAUCAGGUGUACAAACUGAAAUUUUCACCUUUAAGAAUUGGGUUCGUGAGAAACAAUUAAAUAUUAAACAGACACCUUUAAAGAUUGAUCAUUCAUUACUGGAGUUCUUGAAAUCGGUGGAUUGUGAUGAGAUGUCCAAAGACCUGUUUGUGUCUCAUGGAAUAAGUGCCGUAUACACGGUAGAAAAUGGAGAUCUUGUUUUGAUUGGAAGCACAGACCGAGCACUUUCUGAGGCACAGGAGAGGUUAAAUAUGGUUCUUGAAUCUAAAGAUGUCAUUGUAGAAGAUCGUGGUGUGAUGUCAUUACCACAGUGGCAAGAUCUUAUUAAACAUCAGCAAAGUUUUUACAGUACAUCCAAAAAGAGGACAGUGUUGAUAAACACAACACAAAGAGACAGAGUAAUAGUGUCUGGAUUUAAGGGACCAGUGAUGGAGAUCAGCCAGACAUUAGGAGACUUCAUUGAGAAACACACUAGAAUUGAAGAUGCUGUCCGUGUGAAGUCACAUGCGGUGGUUGAAUUUAUAAAAGAGAGAAAAUCACAGAACUGGCAGCAUUUUUUAAAGUCUAAUGAGGUAACGGUGCAUUUUGAUUCAAAGAGACCCCGGAUCAAAGUCUCUGGAGAGCGAAUGUCUGUACAGCCGGCUAUGACCUUUUUCAAAAAGAUGUCAGAUGCUCUUCACGCUGACACACUGACCAUUAAAAAGGCAGGAGCAAAAAAAUACUUCAAGGAGGAAGGUCAACUAAUGCUGUCAGUGUUACUGAGGGAAAGUGGAUUUGUGGUUGUGCUCCAGGAAGAUCACAUGCUGGAAGAGGAGGAGGAGGAUUACAAUAAAGGUAGUUUUGAAGAUUUUGUGGGGUCCUGUGAGGUUCGGACUCCAGGUGGAGUAACCGUUAUAGUCAGAAAGGCAGACAUUUGCACGCUAAAAGUUGAUGCUGUGGUGAACGCAGCUAAUGAAGAUCUGCAGCACAUUGGUGGAUUAGCCCUGGCACUUCUUCAAGCUGCUGGACCAGAUCUGCAGGACUGUUGUAACAAGUACAUACAAGCUAAUGGGCGUCUGCGGCCCGGAGAUGCCAUCAUCACUGAGGCUGGUCAUCUUCCCUGUAAAUAUGUAGUGCAUGCUGUUGGACCUCGAUAUAACAGUUCAGACAGACCUGGUGUAGUGCAACGUUUAAGAAGUGCUGUGAGGGAAAGUUUAAAGCAGGCUUCAAGCAAACACUGCUCUUCCAUUGCAAUUCCUGUUAUCAGCUCAGGGAUAUUUGGCUGUCCUCUCGAACUAUGCACAGAAGCAAUUGCCAGGGAGGUGCGGGAGUUCAUUGAUGAUCAGUACCGCAUUGGCUCACGAAGUAAACUUACUGAGAUUCACUUGGUUGACAGCAAUGGCACCACUGUGAAUGCCAUGGCUCAAGCUGUGGGAAAGUACUUUGCUGAUUUUAGACCCAAAAUGAAUGUCCCCUAUCAAAACAAGCCUAGUGGCAGUGGCGAUUAUGUACAGAAAGGUCAGGGCAAUCAUGGUCAUGACCAAGGAUAUUACGGACAAAGAAGCCAAGAAUCUGGAAAUUACAAUAAUGAGCCGAAAAAACAUGGUAAUAGAGACUUAGAAAGACAACCGCGAUUGAGAGAAGAAACCAACUUUUUUGGUGGGAGAUCAGAGUCGUUUGAUGGGUCGAGUGUUCUUGAAACCAAAACUACACAAGGUGGACUACAACUCAUUUUGAGCAAAGGGAACAUCCAGGAUGCAAAGACUGAUAUCAUUGUAAACACUAUAUCAGAAGACCUGGACCUCAAUAAAGGUGCCAUUUCCAAGGCCCUCCUUCAGGCUGCCGGUCAUCAACUCCAAAAAGAGGUCACUACAACUGUUCAUGCAAGCAGGCUGAAUCAUGGAAAGAUGGUCAUCACAGAUGGGUAUAACCUGAAAUGUAAAAGAGUCUUCCAUGUAGUUUGCCCAUUUUGGAAAGGUGGUCGUGCCUCAGAAGACAGGGACCUCUGUCAGAUCAUUAGAGAUUGUCUGAAAAAAGCAGAAACUCUGCAGAUGACUUCAGUCUCCUUCCCAGCUAUUGGUACUGGAAACCUUGGCUUUCCUAAGGAUCUGGUGGCCAGGAUCAUACUGAACGAAGUCCAGGAAUUCACCCCUCAAAACCUCAGAAAAAUAGCUGUGAUUGUGCACCCAUCUGACAGAGAAAGUUUAGAUUGCUUUACCAGAAUCUUCAGAAAUGGGAUUCAGAGUCCAAUCACAAAAAGAGCAAAGCACCACAAUAUGCCUAAAACAAAACCCUUUGAAAAGUCAGCACAGGCAUCUGGGUUUUUUGGCAAGGUCUCCGCUCCCUCUCAUGGGGUGAUCACUAUGCAAAUAGGUGAAGUGACCCUGCAGGUUUCAUCAGGAGACAUAACUAAAGAAAAAACUGAUGCAAUUGUCAACUCCUCAAAUCCCACAUUUUCUUUAAAAACAGGAGUAUCAAAGGCAAUUUUAGAUGCUGCUGGAUUUCAAGUGGAACAGGAAUGUUUACAGAUUGUUGGAAGGGGUUCACAAAAUUUUCAGCAAACAGAGAUUGUGACCUCAGCUGGGAAGCUCCCAUGUCGAAAAAUCAUCCAUAUCAUUGGUCAUAAUACACCUUCUGAAAUUAGAGAUGUUGUUUUGUCUGUUCUGAAGAAAUGCGAGGCAAACCAACUGUCCUCUGUUGCCUUUCCGGCUCUUGGCACUGGUAAGGGUGGAGCAAAACCAGCUGAUGUUGCAGAUGCAAUGGUUGAUGCUGUUGUUGAAUUUGUGAAGAAAAAUAAACCAACGAAUGUAAAGCUGGUAAAGUUCCUCAUAUUCCAGACAAGCAUGGUGGCAGAUUUUCACCAAAGCAUGCUUAAACAAUCAGAUGAAAAAUUGGAGGAGGACAAAGGCUUUGUGGAAAAAUGUAUAGACAGGGCAAAAGAAUUAUUUUGGUGGGAAACUCCCAAAAAUGAAGAGUUGGUGAUUGUGGUUGACGGAACUGAACCAGCCGUGUUACAGCUGUGUGGGGAGACCGCACAGGACUUGAAUAAAGCAAGGGAUAUGGUCAACAACUUGAUUUUAAGAAAGUUUCAAAACACUACAAUCCAUGAUCCGGCUAUUGGUCAUUUCACCAAAGAGGAUGCAGAAAUGCUGAGCGCAAUGCAGAGAGAGCUUGACGUGAGCAUCAAACUUGAGAAAAGAGAACAAGACUCGGCUAUCACAUUGGAGGGACUGAAGAGAGAUGUCCACACAGCUGAGAGUCGUAUUCGGGACAUGAUCCGUAAGGUGGAAAGGAAUGAAAGAAGGCGGCAUGAGGCAUCCCUUAGCAGCCAGUUUGAGUGGAAAUAUCUAGCGACUGGGAAGAACAUGAAAAGCUUUGAUAAGCUGACCAAUUAUGACCUGGAAAAAGCCUUUCAGAACAAAAACACCUCUGUGAAAAUCAAAAUUGAUAAUGAUGAAUACACGGCCGAUUUAGUUUUUCUACAGGCCACAAGAGGGAGUAAGCAGAUUGAAUUACACAGAGUAGAUUUGUCAGACUAUCGACUUGCCAGUCAUUUCCUUAUUAUUCAAAGUGUCGGUAUGGAGGAAUAUCCUUAUCCGAUCGUUGUGGAGGGGGACUGGAAUCCUGAACAUUCAAAAAGUUUAAAAAAUAAACUCCAUAUUUACUUUCAAAGUAGGAAGAAAUCUCAGGGAGGAGACUGCGUCGUACAAGUCAAUGAAAACAGCAGCGCUGCUACAGUUCGGUUUAAAUCAUCUGAGAUUCGAGAUGAUGUUCUCUCCAAAACGGAUCAUGUGAUUACAUUUGGGAAAGACAAUGUCAAUUUAAAAGUGAGCAAACCCAGCGAUGCAGCGAAAGAGUCUGACAGCACGCCACAGCUGAAUGAGCAGGCAUCUGGAUAUCAAGAACCUAUACAAAUUACCCUUCCAACUGAAAGUGAUCCAGAUGUGAAGAACCUUGAAGAGUCAUAUGCUGUAGUUCUGGAGAAUGUUGCAGAUGACUUUACAAAAGGUGUUUUGUCUCUUUUGGUGGAGAAUGUCAGUGGACUCUCGGAAAAGGACUUUAGCAUGGAACUAAUACCAGAAUUAAAGACAGCAGUUGUGACCUUUAAUGUUCCCCGUGUUGCAGGAAAGUUUCUUGAGGAAAGUAAAACACACAGAAAGUUCAAGGACUAUGGUCUGAAGGCCCGCGCCCUGGAGAGAAGCACAUGUAUAAGGGUGGAGAAUCUUCCAUCUGAUGCCAAUAAGAUGCUGCUGGAGUUGUAUUUUGAAAAAUGGGGUGGCCCGGUAGAAGAAACCAUCACAUUGCCAAUGGAGCAAGCAGCCAUUAUAACAUUUAAGAAUUUAGAAGACAUGGAAAAGGCAAGGAAGAUGGAGCAUUCCAUCGAUGAUGUUCCAGUCAAGAUCCACCCCUACUAUAAAUCCCUAGGAACAGCCUUGUAUGGUAGCAACAGACCAACAUGGAAACUACCUGAACCAUUUAAAGUCGAUAUACAUCCUGCCAUCAGGGAUUUUCUCCUCAAGAAAAAGCUAAUUUCCUCUAUCAGUGAUAAGAUGAGCUCACAGUUCUGCCAAAUAAACAUAGACAAACCUGAAGUUCUGCUCAGUCCUGAUCCAGCAUUGCUAAAACAGAAAGGUUUAACCAGAAAACAUGUUGAUGGUUGGAGAAAGAAUGCCUCAGAAGCCUUUGAAAGCAUUAUAUCCAACUAUAAAGCAUUUGAGUUGCCAGUAUUAUACCCCUUGUGGACCAAAGUGGAGAAUGAAAUAAAGGAAAUGGUGAAAGAUCUGGUUUUUACACAUAUGGAUUCAUCUAAAGGGGUCCUAACAGUGGCAGGUUUGGCUCAUGAUGUAAAUGACCUGAGACCCCUCCUGGAGAAAAUGUUAGAGCGAGCAUCAGCUCAAAUGGAGAGAGAGAAGAAUAGUUUAACAGAAGACAUGGAGAUGACACCUGGCAUGUACUCCCUGCUUAUACAAGACGGUCUGCAAACCGCUACAGCUGCUUCUCCACAACUGCGCCUUGAUUACAACAAAAAAAUAAACAAAUUACAUUUAUCAGGUGUUAAAACUGAAAUUCUCACCUUCAAGAAUUGGGUCCUUGAAAAGCAAUUAAAUAUGAAACAGACUCCUUUAAAGAUUGAUGAUUCUUUACUGGAGUUCUUGAGAUCGGUGGAUUGUGAUGAGAUGUCCAAAGACCUGUUUGUGUCUCAUGGAAUAAGUGCUGUAUACACGGUAGAAAAUGGAGGUCUUGUUUUGAUUGGAAGCACAGACCGAGCACUUUCUGAGGCACAGAAGAGGUUGAAUGUGGUUCUUCAAACUAAAGACGUCAUUAUAGAAGAUCAGGGUGUGCUUGCAUUGCCACAGUGGCAUGAUCUCUUUAAACAACUGCAAAGUUUGUACAAUACAUCCAAAAAGAGGACAGUGUUUAUAAAGCUUUCAUCACAAAGAGACAAAAUUAUAGUGUCUGGGUUUAGGGAACCAGUGAUAGAGAUCAGCCAGACAUUAGGAGACUUCAUUGAGAAACACACUAGAAUUGAAGAUGCUGUCCGUGUGAAGUCACAUGCAGUGGUUGAAUUUAUAAAAGAGAGAAAAUCACAGGACUGGCAGCAUUUUUUAAAGUCUAAUGAGGUGACGGUGCAUUUUGAUUCAAAGAGACCCCGGAUCAAAGUCUCUGGAGAGCGAAUGUCUGUACAGCCAGCUAUGACCUUUUUCAAAAAGAUGUCAGAUGCUCUUCACGCUGACACACUGACCAUUAAAAAGGCAGGAGCAAAAAAAUACUUCAAGGAGGAAGGUCAACUAAUGCUGUCAAUGUUACUGAAGGAAAGUGGAUUUGUGGUUGUGCUCCAGGAAGAUCACAUGCUGGAAGAGGAGGAGGAGGAUUACAAUAAAGGUAGUUUUGAAGAUUUUGUGGGAUCCUGUGAGGUUCGGAUGCCAAGUGGAAUAACCGUUAAAGUCAGAAAGGCAGACUUUUGCACACUAAAAGUUGAUGCUGUGGUGAAUGCAGCUAAUGAAGAUCUGCAGCACAUUGGUGGAUUAGCCCUGGCACUUCUUCAAGCUGCUGGACCAGAUCUGCAGGACUGUUGUAACAGGUACAUUAAAGUUAAUGGGCGUCUGCGACCCGGAGAUGCCAUCAUCACUGAGGCUGGUCGUCUUCCCUGUAAAUAUGUAGUGCAUGCUGUUGGACCUCGAUAUAACAGUUCAGACAAACCUGGUGUAAUGAAACAUUUAAGAUGUGCUGUGAGGGAAAGUUUAAAUCUGGCUUCAGGCAAACACUGCUCUUCCAUUGCAAUUCCUGUUAUCAGCUCAGGGAUAUUUGGCUGUCCUCUCGAACUAUGCACAGAUACAAUUGCCAAGGAGGUGCGAGAGUUCAUUAAUGAUCAGAACCGCAGUGCCUCACAAAGUAAACUCACUGAGAUUCACUUGGUAGACAAUAAUGGCACCACUGUGAAUGCCAUGGCUCAAGCUGUCAGAAAGUACUUUGCUGAUUUCAGCCCCAAAAUGAAUGUCCCUUUUCAAAGUAAGCCCAGUGCGCAUGACAGCUCUGGAGACAGAGGUCAGGGCAAUCGUGGUCGUGGGUAUCAUGGACAUACAGGCCAAGAGUUUGGAAAUUACAAUUAUGAGCCGAAAAAACAUAAUAAUAGAGACUUUGAAAGACAAGCACAAUCGAGAGAAGAAACCAACUUUUCUGGUGGCAGAUCAGAGUCGUUUGAUGGGUCGAGUGUUCUUGAAACCAAAACUACAAAAGGUGGACUAAAAAUCAUUUUGAGCAAAGGGAACAUCCAGUAUGCAAAGACUGAUGUCAUUGUAAACACUAUAUCAGAAGACCUGGACCUCAGUAAAGGUGCCAUUUCCAAGGCGAUCCUUCAGGCUGCGGGUCAUCGGCUCCAGAUAGAGGUCACCACAACUGUUCAUGCAAACAGGCUGAAUUAUGGAGAGAUGGUCAUCACAGAUGGGUAUAACCUGACAUGUGCAAAAGUCUUCCAUGUAGUUUGCCCAUAUUGGAGAGGUUCAGAAGACAGGGAACUCGGUCAGAUCAUUAGAGAUUGUCUGAAAAAAGCAGAUGCUCUGCAGAUGACUUCAGUCUCAUUUCCAGCUAUUGGUACUGGAGUCCUUGGCUUUCCUAAGGAUCUGGUGGCCAGGAUCAUACUGAGCGAAGUCCAGGAAUUCACCCCUCAAAACCUCAGAGAAAUAACUGUGAUUCUGCACCCCUCUGACAGAGAAAGUUUAGAUUGCUUUACCAGAAUAUUCAGACAUGGGAUUCAGAGUCCCAUCACAAAAGGAGCACGUCACCAUUCAAUCUCUACAGCAGAACCUAAGUCAACACAGAUGUCUGUCUCCACUCCCUCUCAUGGGGUGAUCACUAUGCAAGUGGGUCAAGUGACUCUGGAGGUUUCAUCAGGAGACAUAACUAAAGAAAGAACGGAUGUCAUUGUCAACUCCUCAAAUCACACAUUUUCUUUGAAAACAGGAGUAUCAAAGGCAAUUUUAGAUGCUGCUGGAUUACAAGUAGAACGGGAAUGUUUACAGAACGCUGCAGCAAAUAACCAGCAAACAGAGAUUGUGACUUCAGCUGGGCGGCUUCCAUGUGGAAACAUUAUCCAUAUUAUUGGACGUAAUAAACCAUCUGAAAUAAAGGAUGUUGUGUUAUCUGUUCUUAAGAUAUGUGAAGCAAACCAACUGUCCUCUGUAGCCUUCCCUGCUCUUGGCACAGGUCAGGGUGGAGCAAACCCAGCAGUUGUUGCAGAUGCAAUGGUUGAUGCGGUUGUUGACUUUGUGAAGAAAAAGAAACCAGCAUAUGUGAAACUUGUGAAGUUCCUCAUAUUCCAGACGAGCAUGGUGGCAGACUUCAAACAAAGCAUGCUCAAACGAUCGGGUGAAAAAGUGGAGGAGGAAAAAGGCUUUGUAGACAAGGUUAAAAACUGGACGAAAGAACUUUUGUUUGGGGAAAAUUCAGAAUCUCCCAGAAAUGAAGAGUUUGUAAUAGUGGUUCAGGACAUUGAACCAGCCGUGUUCCAGCUGUGUGGAGAGACGCAACAAGACUUAAAUAAAGCCAGGGACAUGAUCAACAGCCUGAUAAUAAAGGAGCACAUGAACAUUCAAAUCCGUGAUCCGGCUAUUGGUCAUUUCACCAGAGAGGAUGCAGAAAUGCUGAACGCAAUGCAGAGAGAGCUCACAGUAAGCAUCAAGCUUGAUAGAAGAGACCAAGACCCUGUCAUCAGAUUGGAGGGACUGACGAAAGAUGUCCACACUGCUGAGAGUCGCAUUCGGGACAUGAUCCGUAAGGUGGAAAGGUUUGAAAACAGAAGACGUGAGGCGUUCAUGAUCAACAGCUUGGUUGAGUGGAAAUAUCUGGCGAGUGGGCAGAACCUGAAAAGCUUUGAUAUGUUCACCAAUUAUGAUCUGGAAAAAGCCUUACAGAGCAAAAACACCUCUGUGAAAAUCAAAAUUGAUAAUGAUGAAUACACGGUCGAUUUAGUUAAUCUACUGGCCAAAAGAGGGAUGAGGCAGAUUGAAUUAGAAAGAGUAGAUCUGACAGACCGUCAAUGUGCUUUGCCUUCAAAUUGGGAUGACAUGAAGGGAAAGUCAGUUGUUCUGGUAAAUCUCACAGCAACUUCAAAUGAAUAUGCAGAUGUUGAGAAAGAGUUCAGGAGAACUGGCUUGACCUCUAACAUAAUUCAAAUUGAACGAGUACAAAACAGCACACUUUGGAAAAACUACAUGAUCAAAAAGGAAGAACUGGAAGCCAAGAACAACCAUAAAAACAACGAGAAGCUCCUCUUCCACGGCACUGCUCCUGAUAGUACUGAUCACAUUAACCAUCAUGGCUUUAAUCGAAGCUUUGCUGGGACACAUGGAGCCAUGUAUGGGAAUGGUACAUAUUUUGCUGUGGACCCAAAAUACUCAGCCCGAGGCUACUCUCAACCUGACGCCAGUGGACACAAACGCAUGUACCUGGCCAGGGUGCUUGUUGGCGACUUUACUCAAGGAAAAGCAGGCAUUGUCGUUCCUCCUGCAAAGAGCUCCAACAGUGCUGAUCUCUAUAACAGUGUGACCGAUAACAUAAUCAACCCCUCCAUGUUUGUCAUAUUCAAUGACGUACAGGCUUACCCAGAAUACCUCAUCACAUUUCAGUAGGGAUUUAGAGUAUCACUGAAUAUUUGUUUAAUGGAACUGAUUAAAAACUAGUAAACAUGGGGAAAUGUGUGUGUGUUAUAUAUUAACAAACUUAGUUUUGAAAAAUAAUUAUGAAGGCUGUGGCAACUUGCUUAUACAAAAACUGAAAUAUAAUCUUGAGAAAAGUUUUCUAACUGCUAUACUGAAGACUUAUUCUUAUUCUUCCCAUCAAAUUGUCCUCUCUCUGUGUGAGAAGACCGGACGUUCUGCUAAAAUAUCUUGUGUGCUUACUGAAAGAAAGUCAUACAGGAUUGGAAUGACAUUAGGAUAAUGACAGCUGAUUUUUCCUUAUGGGUAAACUAUAGCUUUAACAGGUUUUUAAAUAUUGAGAAUAACAUUAAAGGGACACUUCACUCAUUUGCAUUAAGCUUUGUAUCGUUAGAACCCCAGUCAUGUUUUUGAAUGGUCGUGCAUAAUUUCCUCAGUUUCCGCUGAGACAGGAGAAAUACAGAUUUCAGUGUUCCACUUCCUUCUUUCAAUGAUGUAAAAAUCAUCAUUUUGCAUUAUUGAAAGAAGGAAGUGCAAUAUCUUUGUUGAGGGGGUGAGACUACAAACACCCCUUUUCUCUGUCAAAUAGGCAACAAAUUUGAAAUGUAUGUUACAUUUCGACUACAAAUAUGAUGCACUUUCAAUAAAGAUUAAUGUUUCUACGGGUGAAAUGCUCCUUUAAGGUAUGAUGAGUUUGAAUUAAAUAUUUAUAUGGAACAUUAUAAUACUAUGUGAUCUUUUUAAUUGCACAUUCUUUUAUAUAUUUAAGUCGACAAUAAAAUUAAUGUGCCAUCAUAAUCUUUGAUCAAAAACGCUAACAUAAAAAACCCCUCCUAGAAACGAUCUCUCUACUUCCGGUCACAAGAAAAAACGGUUGAAAAGGGAAAAAAGGUUGGGCACGGGAAAAGGUUAAAGCGAUUAGCAAAUAGCAACAUGACCCAACUUCCAACGAGCCAAUCCUCGAUAAAUGAAUUCAAGUCCCACCCUACCAUUUUUUCCUCAUUUCAACAGCCAUUUCUUUAUGUAGCGAGGGGGGAAAUAAGACAUUUGCUAUUUCCUUUAAACUGUGACUUUAAAUAUUACGCAAAAUACAUGAUCUGCACAAUCAAUUAUUGCCAAAUGAAAUGUUAAGGGCUGAUCAAACAAUUUUCUGCAGGGUCUUAAAUGUGAACACUGUAUUUCAUAAACUUAUACCUAAUUAAAUGUUUUUAUCUGAAUUUAGAAA